CAUUGAUAUAGCGUCAGCGAUAAGUAAUCUAUAGACCUUUCUUAGAGUCAAAUAUAUCUUUAGCGGCUGGCCGAUCGCUCGUAUACGAAGUAAAUAAUCACACACUCCGUACCCACAUCUCACAAAGACAUAUCCCCGACUGCGCCUUGAAAUAUACCGCAAAUAUAUACGCAACGCAUGCACAGACCCAUACAACCGCAGGCAUAUUAUACAUACUCAUAAAACCAGGUAUAUAUGCUAUUAUACAUACUCAUACAACCACGUACAUAUACACACAUUUCAAAAGUAAUUCCACAAUAUGUCGUCAUGGCAACUGACGCUACGGCAAACACUGACGGCAAAUUCCAAUGCGAUCCGCUUCUCUGCGCGGAUGGGCUUGCUGACCUUGAGUGGUGCGAUGUUUGCGCUCGUCCCGUUAUUGGCGCAGCUCGAAGCGGGACCCACCGAAUCUGAUUUGACGUGGAUCUUCAUCACUUGUGUAAUAGUGGGGUCCAGCGGGGCGAUCUGUGGGGUGGGUAUGGUCAAAGGCUUCGAUAGGGCGAUUGGUACAACGUUUGGUGCCGUCCUGGCGAUAGCCUGCGAUGUGGUAAGCAGCUACUUGGGGAAAUUUGCUCCGUACUUUGUGGGCGUGUGUAUCUUUGUUUACUGCACGACGGUGUUCUUCAUGAUGGAGAAGCACAAGGCGGACCUGGGUGUACACACGUACGCGCUGAUGCUGAGCUCGUUGACGUUCGGGUUGGUGCUGUUGGACUCGUACAAGAUAGAGACGGGGUAUGUAUGGAGGGCGGGGGUGUGGCGCACAGCGUGUAUAUUCAUAGGCUGUGUACUCUCUCUGUUGUUCAUAGCGUUCUUCUUCCCCAUACGGACCCUGGCCGUGGUGCAUGAUACGUACUGUGUGAUCCUGCGCCAAGAGGCUGACUUACUGCGGGAAAUCAUCCACGCGCGCGCCCGGGGUGAUGUGAAGCACAGUCUGCGGAGUAUCAUAUACGAAGGCAAGGACGAUGAUAGCAUACACAAGAAGUACAUCAAUAUAACCGGCAAGAUAACCGCCAUGUCGGCUCUGAUUCCCAAUGCUCAGUGGGAGCUGGCGUACUUUUCUCUCGACUUUGACAGGCGGCGACUGGGUGACCAGCGGAGCUACCGAGUGCUGAGUGCGCGGUUGCGAAGGCUGGCCACACAUGUGAUCUGCAUGGACGAGCAGUUGCGCAUCAAACCUACCCCACUGCCACCCAACGCCCGCACAGCAAGCAAACUCGUGCGAAUAGGCAACCACAUACACGACCUGCUAACACUGAUCGCGCUCAAGCUGGAGCGUGUGGGCCGGGUGAGCGAGGGACCCGCGGCGGUAUAUUUAGAGUCAAGUGUGUUCCACCUGCAGACAGGCUCUGUGCGUGAGUCGCAGACGGCACAGGCCACUACCACGACUACGUCUGCGCCUGCGUAUGUGCAGGGUAUGGCGCCCACUCACGCACAACCACCUACCGGCCGCACUCCGCGGGAGAGUGAGAGUGCACGCGCAUCGGGUGUGGUCGGUGGAGAUAGCGGAACUUCCUCGGAUGGGAUGUUGUUGGAGGGUGGGGGGGUGUCGCCCAGCGAGUUAGAGGUCGAUGCAGACCAGGACGCACCCACCUAUACAGGCACGGGCGCGGGCUGGGACAAACACAGUACCGUCAACGUACACGAACAAGAGGCGCUGGAAAGUGCCGGGGAGAUGAGUGUGGCGGAUAAUGACAACUUCGACGCCAUCUGGAGUGCCCGAGUGAAGGAUGUGGUGGAGCAUAUGCGGGUCGUAGCGGAGGGGCUGGUGCGCAAGAGUGGCAAGCAGCGGUUUGAGGACAGCUUAGAGCAUUCCGAGCGCAAACAAGUGUUGGGUCGCAAGUAUUCCGUCCAUAAUAUGGGUGCGUGGUUGGUGGCCGGGCGGAGUGUGGCGGAGGCUUGGAGAGAUCAGGCAGGCGAUCUGUUCACGGGUUUGGUCGUGAACGCGACGGUGCAGUGUAUGAUGGUGUUACAGGAUGCGGAGCUGCUGGGUGAGUUGCAUAUAGACGGUGUUGUGAGUGAGAAUCUGAAUGACCUGCACAUGCUGAGUGCCGGCGGAGGCAUGCACGGCCAGGAAUUGAAAAACAUCCCAGAAAAAGGUGAAUAAAUAGUAGUGAGAGAACAUUCUGAAAGGGAUGGGUAUAAGUGGUGGAUGCACCGGUACAGUAUAGGAUGGUGGCUCAGCAUGCGGAGUUGUUAGGUGAGUUGCAAAAUCAAGCGGUAGUGGAUAAAAAUCCUACUCUGAAUGAUCUGCGCAUGCUGAGUGCUGGUAUGGGGGACGCGUGCUGGCAGGGGCUUGCGCUGCUAGGAGUUGCAGAACAUCCCGGAAACGGAUGAAGAACUCAAUAUUGGGCGAAAACGUAUGGAAGUGAUGCGUAUAUGAGCUAUAUGAAUAGAGAAACUUAACGUCCGGACGUCCGGAUUUAAACCAUGGGUCUCGGAAACGGGCACAUCUAAAUAAUGGGCGAAAAGGUAUGGAAGUGGUUCGUAUAUGACCUGUGUGAAUUCAUGAACCCAAUAUCCGGACAUACGGAUAACAACCAUGGAACCCGGGAACGGGUAUACAACUAAAUAAUGGGCGAAAAAGUAUGAAAGUGAUGCUUGGAUGAGCUAUAUGAAAGGAGAAACUUAACGUCCGGGCAUCCGGAUAAUAACCAUGGAAUGGAUGUAAUUUAUUUUGAUCCUGCAGUCUCUUUUACGGAUGUGCCUGGCUGUAAGUACUGAUAUUCGAGGCGGUGCCACCAUACUUUUUACUAUAGAAGUGUGUGAAGCAGUC